UUUUUCGGCCGAGAGGAAAUUUUUCGAGAGGGAUUGCAAGACUACCUCAUUGUCUUUCUGUGGACUAUCCUGGCAUGCUCAUUAUCUUCAUGCUUUCGAUGAGCCCUGACACACGCAAAGCCUCAGUCUCCGCAGUGGCACUGUGCGUAAGCCAGCAAGACCAAGUCCAACGCGGCAUCUUAUUCUGUCAGCUAGCUCUACGAUUCCUCGUCGCGCGAAGCAAAGAUGGAGUUCGUCCCAUCUGCUCCUCAAGCCUCUCUUGUGCUGUGCGCCGACUGCGGUACGCCCAUCGAGCCCAACUCGGCCAACCUGUGUCUCUCCUGUCUGCGCAACUCAGUCGACAUCACCGAAGGAAUCCCCAAGCAGGCGACGAUCAACUAUUGCCGCAACUGCGAACGGUACCUCAACCCGCCGCAGCAAUGGGUCCAGGCGCAGCUCGAGAGCAGAGAGUUGCUCGCGAUCUGCCUCAAGAAGCUCAAAGGCCUCCACAAGGCCCGACUCAUCGAUGCGGGUUUCAUAUGGACAGAGCCACAUAGCAAACGCUUGAGGGUCAAGCUCACAGUACAGAAAGAGGUCCUUACUGCCACAGUCUUGCAACAGAUUUUCGAAGUAGAGUACAUUGUGCAAUACGGCCAGUGCCCAGACUGCACACGGCUAGCAGCCAAGAAUACCUGGCGCGCGCAGGUGCAAGUCAGGCAAAAGGUGCCACACAAGCGCACCUUCCUCUACCUCGAGCAGCUCAUCCUCAAGCACAACGCACACAAGGACACAGUCUCAAUCAGCGAACGUCGCGAUGGCCUCGACUUCUACUAUGUGCAGCGAACGCACGCCGUCAAGAUGUGCGAGUUCCUGUCGUCCGUGGUCCCCGUGCGCAUCACCAAGUCCGAGCAGGUGAUCGGCAUGGAUACCCAUACGUCCACUACUAACUACAAAUUUACAUAUAGUGUCGAGAUCGCACCAAUCUGCAAAGACGACCUCGUGUGCAUUCCACGGCCGCUAGCCAAGAGUCUGGGGAAUAUCGGCCAGCUGCUGAUCUGCACGCGCGUCAACAACUCCUUGCGACUGUUGGACCCGACGACGCUGCAGACGACGGACAUCCCCGCGGAAAAGUACUGGAGGAACCCCUUCCCUGCACUUGCAACAAUUCCUGAGCUCGUUGAAUUCCUCACCCUCGACAUCGAAGCUAAUUACGGCAACAACGGCCAUGGGCAGGACGCACACAGCUCGCGAUGGCUCGAGGCCGACGCACAAGUCUCGCCACUGCAUGCAACGUCGUUUGGCGAGGCUGACGCUGUGUACCACACGCGCACGCACCUCGGCAACCUUCUGCAAGCUGGCGACCAGGCGAUGGGUUACCACUUGCGCGUGGCGAACUUUAACUCGUCCGACUGGGACAGCCUGCCAAGCGAGCGUAUGCCGGAUGUCGUGCUAGUCAAGAAAAGCUAUCCGGACACGAAGCGUCGCAAGAACCGACGCACGUGGAAGCUCAAGACGAUGGCGAAAGAAGGCGGCGAGGCAGGAGAUACCAAGGACAUCGAGACGCCCUCCGCCAGCACGGCAGAGAAAGGGAAAGGUGGCGGCGGCGACGGGCGCGGUGCCAUCGGCCGACGGGGCGGGCUCGACAGCCAGCGCGUCGAGCGCGACUACGAGUAUUUCCUGCGCGAACUCGAGGAGGACGAGGAGCUACGUGCCAACGUCAACAUCUGGCGUGAUCGCGAGAAGGAACAGGAGCGACAGCGCAAGAAGGACGAGAUCAAGCGCAUGAAGGCUGCGCGGGCGAUGGAUGCCAUGGACGAGUCGACCGAUGCUGAGCCUGCCUCCUUCGCGACGAUCAAGGCAAAAUUGGGAGGAGCGGGUGAAGACGAUGGGAUCAACGCGGACGGAGAGAGCGAGUGGGGCGACGACGAUGUACCGGCCAUCCCGCUAGAUGAAUUGCUGGACGACCUGGAAGACAUGCACAUGGACGACGACAACGAGUAGUGACUUGUAUUCACGCUCAGUACAACUCGUUCAGUCUGACUGUGAUAGCCUCCGCUAGCUCGACCAGUUGAUGUGGCAGCCUCUGCAGAUAGCGCUCCAAUCUUGCCCGAUCGGCCUUGUCCGACAUUUUCUCUAGGUAGCGAUCGAUGUCCGCCACCUCGCCAGCCUCAAUGAGUCGCUGUAUAAAAGGCGUGUAGCCGAUCGGCGACCGCUUCGAAUUGCCGAAAUGCCACAUUCCAUCCCAAUCCCUCAUC